AUGUGUGUUACCAAUCUUGCUGCCAUCAUGGAAUCCUGCAAUUCUCUCGACCAGUUCUACUGGAAGACCUUUUUGAAAAGGCUAAGAUUGCGUUUGGUCAAUCCAUGGAUUUGCACUACAGCAAUAAUGAGUUGGUUAUUCCUUUAAAAACGCAGGAUGAUUUGGACAAGGCUGUUGAAUUACUGGAUCGCAGCAGUCACAUGAAGAAUCUUAAAAUCCUGCUGGUUUUGCAUUCACAUUCAGAGACUCCAGGCUUAUGUGAAAUGGAACCAAUGCCAUCUCUGGAUGACUUGGAUAAUACAGUAUUUGGAAGGACAGAGAGAAAAACACCUGUGGUUGGUUCUCAGACCAGGGAUAGAAGUUCACCUCCCCCUGGUUACAUUCCAGAUGAGCUUCAUCAGGUUGUCAGAAAUGGAUCAUUUACAAGCAUCAACAGUGAAGGGGAAUUUAUUCCUGAAAGCAUAGAUCAAAUGUUCAAGCCUUUAUCAUUAUCGGUACCUAAGGGACCCGGGAGCGGUGCUGGUAGAUGCAUUAGCAGCCCCUUGGACGGAGAAAGCUAUCCAAAAUCUCGAAUGCCCAGAGCUCAGAGUUACCCUGAUAAUUAUCAAGAGUUUUUAGAAUAUGAUAUCCCUGUCUUUGAAAAGUUUGGGAAAGGUGGAACCUAUCCACGAAGAUACCAUGUUUCAUAUCAGCAUCAGGAUUACAACGAUGGCCGCAAAACCUUCCCAAGGGCCAGAAGAACUCAAGGGAACAGCUUUCGGUCUCCAGUAAGUUUCAGCCCCACUGAUCACUCACUAAGCACAAGUAGUGGGAGCAGCGUCUUCACACUGGAGUAUGAGGAUAAUCGUUUGAGGAGGAGAGGCAGUGAUAUAGACAACCCUACAUUGACAGUGAUGGAUAUCAGUCCACCUAGUCGCUCACCCCGAGCUCCAUCCAACUGGAGACUUGGGAAGUUACUUGGUCAGGGGGCCUUUGGCAGAGUAUACCUGUGCUAUGAUGCCGAUACUGGAAGGGAACUGGCUGUGAAACAAGUUCAGUUUGAUCCAGAUAGUCCAGAGACGAGCAAGGAGGUGAAUGCUUUGGAGUGUGAAAUUCAACUGUUGAAGAACCUAUUGCAUGAGAGAAUUGUUCAGUAUUAUGGCUGUUUGAGAGAUCUCCAGGAAAAAACACUUUCUAUAUUUAUGGAAUACAUGCCUGGGAGUGACGUCCUCAUCCAGCUACAGCCCUUAGCUGUAUCCAUACGCCGGAGGUCCGCAACGCCAGAGGAGUACCGCUUAGCAGUUGGAGCCUGUUUGUUUAUCUACCACGCUCAGAAUCUUGUGUUGGCAAGUGGAACAUUGAGAGGUGCAAAUAUUUUGCGAGACUCCUCAGGCAAUGUGAAACUAGGAGAUUUUGGUGCCAGUAAACGACUUCAGACGAUCUGCCUCUCGGGCACAGGGAUAAAGUCAGUCACCGGUACACCUUACUGGAUGAGUCCAGAAGUUAUCAGUGGAGAGGGUUAUGGGAGAAAAGCAGACAUUUGGAGCGUAGGGUGCACAGUUGUGGAAAUGCUAACUGAAAAACCUCCUUGGGCAGAGUUUGAGUCAAUGGCGGCAAUCUUCAAAAUCGCUACUCAGCCCACCAACCCACAGCUUCCAGCCCAUGUGUCAGAGCAUUGUCGGGAUUUCCUGAAAAGGAUUUUUGUAGAUGCCAAACUUAGACCCUCAGCAGACGAACUUUUGAGGCAUACGUUUGCCCAGUAUCACUAGCGGCCUCUAUCCAUCAAACUGCAAACUGCUGUGUUUACUUCCUUCCAAAGGCGACGGCACUUUAAAAAAAUUAAAAAAAGACAAACCAGAGAUAUCAUUGGAUGACAAGAGAGAUGUGUGCUAUACUUUUGCUAUCUCUCGAUAUCUAUCUGUUCCUCAAACAAGACUGGAGCUCAAUGUUUUAGUUGGGGGUGUAGUGAGGACUUUUAACUGAGCUUGGAACUUAUUUCUAUACAAGGUAUUGAUACGGUUCACCCAGACCAAGCACUUUAUUACAUUUUCAUUCUUCCUUGAAAAAUAGGGACCACCUGGUACAGGAUGAAAUGAUGGUUGUGAAGAAUACAUAUACACCCAUCAGCCUGAGGCAGCUCAGUUAAUUUCUGGCAAUUCAUGCGCUUGCUUGUUCAUUGCUUGCAAUUUGAGAUUUUUUUUAUCCAGUUAAGAUUUUUUUUGUUUUGUUCUAGUGUUCUUGAUUUUUUAUUUUUUUUUAGUUGUGGAUAGCAUUUGGGCUGUAAAUCUGAAUUUUAAGGGUGUAUCUGUUUCAUCCUAGUUUUGGAAUUCUUGAGAAGUGAUUGUGGUUUAACAUGAAAGAUUGCAGGACAUGAUUAUAAUUUCAAUUUUCAGCUGCCUACUUAAGAAAUCAGCCAAUAUGGUACAGAGAUUAUAGACACUUAAGAAAAGCCUCUAUGUCUAUCACCCUUGUGAGUGCAACAACUGUUAGGACACUUUAAUAACAAAAAUCCUUGAACAGAAUUAGGGAACUAUUGGGAUUAUUUUGUUUGUUCCAUAAACUUGAGUGAUUGAUGUAUGUAUUUGGGCUUUUCUGCAGCAACAAUACUGUAAUUUCAGUUAAAGAGCUUUGUUUGAAUCAUGAUUGCAAUCUCUUUUCCGUUGUGUAUGCUGUUCUCUGGUUAGUCUUAAGGCACUUUUGCAGUUGCACAUAUAGAAAAUAAUGCAUAAAAAGUACUAGCACUCUCUUUUUAACUUUGGUACACAGUUAUGGUGCUUUUUAUUCCAUCCUUUUUAACUUUACAAUCAGCUUCAGUAUAUAUAAUAAGUUGCCACCAAACCAGCAUGUUUUAACCAUGCAAACUUUUAGAAAGCUUUUAUUACAUUAAUAUCUCUGUUUGAGUAAUGAAUCACAUUUUGUAUUUUAAAAACCAUGGGUUGAUAUACACUCCCCUUGUCUAAAAUCUAAAGUUAAAAAAUGUUUAAAAAUAAAGAAAACACAAAAUAGGAAAUACCACCAACAA